UCCCAACCCACCAAACCCAGAGCAUUCCUCCAAUCCAGCACCACCGCCGCCAGCUCCACACCUCGAGAGGGACACCUCGUCGCCGGAGAAGCAGCAAGAAGAUGGCCGGAAGGAAGGGCGGAGACAGGAAGAAGGCGGUGACCCGCUCCGUGAAGGCCGGGCUCCAGUUCCCCGUCGGCCGCAUCGGGCGCUACCUCAAGAAGGGCCGCUACGCGCAGCGCGUCGGCUCCGGCGCCCCCGUUUACCUCGCCGCCGUCCUCGAGUACCUCGCCGCCGAGGUCCUGGAGCUGGCCGGCAACGCGGCCAAGGACAACAAGAAGACGCGCAUCAUCCCGCGCCACCUGCUGCUGGCCGUCCGCAACGACCAGGAGCUAGGUAGGCUGCUGGCCGGCGUCACCAUCGCCCACGGCGGCGUCAUCCCCAACAUCAACUCCGUGCUGCUCCCCAAGAAGUCCCCCGCCGCCGCCGAGAAGGAGUCCACCAAGUCGCCCAAGAAGAAGGCCGCCACCAAGUCCCCCAAGAAGAAGGCCGCCACCAAGUCCCCCAAGAAGAAGGCCGCAGCCACCAAGGAGUAGCCGUCCCCAUGGCUUAGCCAGUGUUGUUGCUCUGUUCCAUUUCUCAUGGACAAGAUGAGUAGUUGUAGUUUGGUUGGCAGACCUGUAUCUGUAUGUAAUGCCUCCUGGUAGUCUGUAGUGACCCUUUCGUCAGAUUCGUGGAGCAAAAGCGUGUCACUGUAUCUCUGAUUUCUGUACUAAAGAUGCACUCAUUUGAGUCUUAGUAAUUCUCUUGUUCUAUAUAUCUA